AUGGAGGCCGGAACGGACUCGAGCGAAGGCUGGGGUGAAUCGGAACCCGCUACGGACGUGGAGCCGCUAUUCAGUGACGAUACCAUCACAGACUCGGCGUCUGAGGUCAACUCGCUCCUGGAGAGCGAUAGGCGAUCCCGUUCAGAGGAGGACCAUCUCCUCGAGAGGGUCGCCUUCCACAAAUCUCAAGGUCGAGCUCGGUCACGACGGAAGCCAUGGUCUCAGUCGCUGGUGGAACGAGAACUCGACUUCUGGCGGCAAUUCUGUGAGAAAAUUAAACGCGAGCCCGUCGAGUGCCUAACAGCCUGCGAGGCCGAGACCAUCAAGGCCUACCUAGAAUGGCGGGUGAAAAAUUUCCGGGUGAAAAAGGAGAGCACCAUGAAGAGUUAUUGGAAGCGGAUAAGCUGCGCAUACAUUGACACCGCCGGCCGCAGGAUGGACAACGGCACAGAAUUGGAUAUUCGAGACUGGAUUCCCACGUACUUGACGCCGACGUACGGACUGGAGACGUCCGAAAAGGAGAAGCGCGCCAUGUUCGUCCAGGAAUUCUACGUGUUCGAGUAUGCGCACUGGGUCGAAGAUAGGCGGCCUCUCCAUGGUCUGAUACGGGUAGAGAUCUGGGCGCUGCAACUGCUCAGCGGGGCCACUGCGUGUCGUCCGGGAGCACUGGUGGUGAGUGGCAGUGCGAAAGGAACAAACAAAGCGGUGUGGUUCGAGCACGUUGAGAUUCUCAAGAUCCGACACCCCGAAAAUCCGAGUUGCACGGUGUUGGCCGCGAAGGUGAACCUCGUCCACAUUAAGGAUUCUGGUGGACAAGGAAGACGGAAGAAGUUCGUCUUCUACGAGGAGCCGACGUACGCGUUCUGUCUCGUCUACGCGCUCGUCGCAGUGGCCUUCGCCCACGCCGCCUUCAGGCGACCCUUCAAGUCGGUACAGGAACUAUUGAGCCUGACGGUACCUCCCAGCCGUCACGUGCUCCGCUUAAAGUUCAAGCGCGAGAUUCUCAAAACGCCCUUUUUCAGGGAUGUGGAGUGGACGGACACGGGCUACCGCUUAUCUGACAGCAAGGCCUUCCCCUAUCAUAAGUACCGCGACCACCACGUCCAUCUCUGCCGUUUGGUGGGGAAGGAAGAGCUAGGAGAACUUUACGAUUUACGUCGCGGGUCGGGGCGGAACAUACAUCGUGAGUUUCUCCCGCCUUUCCAAGGCUUACUUCGAUCCCCGAUUGCUCACUGCAGACCCUUCUGCAUAGAUGCCCUGAUCGCCGAAGAGGCAGAUCAAGUUAUGGGCCACCACGGCGACACAUACCGGCGAUUCUACCUCCCUGACCUCAUCGAGCGCGACUUCUCGUCGAUCUACUUUGGCACGCCGCCACAGGACGAACUCGUCCGCGCCAUAGCGCGUAUGAGCCUAACUUGGGACAAGCGGGCACCGACAGAUUUAAGCCCACAGCAAAAACAGGAGGUGCGCAAUCAUCCGGAGCUAGUCCGACUUCGCCGCCGACGCGACCGUUACCGACAGAAGCUGAGUCGGCUCGGUUUCCAUCCCCUUCGAAGGGCGGCCGGCCAUCCCGACUAUAUUCGGUAUAAGGCGGCGGAACGGAAGAUCAACACCAUGACGACCACCCUGAAGAAUAAACGCCUCGACGAGGAGAUUCGCCUCUUUCACGACACCAUCGACGAUCUAGAAAUUGACCGUCAGCUGGACGGACGACCAGUGGCCGAACCGUACACUCCACGCGUCAUGGAAUUCGAGUCGCCCGAGCGGGCCCUCAUAGCUAAGUUCAUCUCUCUGUCGCUUGAUGACUCUGCGGAUGGCGAGGCGUUGGGCGGCAAGGCCGCUUUUAUCGACGCCCUGGUUAACCUCUGCCACCAGCAAGAAGGUCGGCGGUAUCCUGGAGAGUAUGACUACCUCGUGAACCCCAUGGAUGUGGAUAGCCGGUCACUCACGGGCCUCGACUUAGCGGCGCAGCCAGCCUGCCGGCGAGUUCAAGUGGACAGUACGAAAGGAGAACGAGAAGCGAUGCGGCAGCACCAGGAUUCUAUGGGCCUCGUGGAUGGUGAGGAGGCACAAGUUUCCCGAGAACAUGUCUGCCUCCUCUGCGGGAAGGCGUUUAAGCGAAAAUUCACGCUCAACCGGCAUCUCGACAUUCACGUUAAGGCAGGUCGCUUUACGGAGCCCUUUCAGUGUCGGGUGGCGGGCUGCACGACAUGGUUGAAGGGCGAGGCGCACUACAAGAAUCACUGUGCGACAGCACACGACGUUUUCCAUUGA